CUGUAAUUCUCCCAGUCUUCCCGGAGUGAUCCCUGACCCAGUCCCUGUAACUUGGAAAGAGGCAGGAACACAUUCAGGGUCCAGGAUGAUCACUGUGACCAGGGCCUUGGAAGAGGCUCUUCUUCAGCACUUCAUCUACAAGAAAGUGGAGAUCGCCUAUGCCAUAUGCAAGCCUUUUCCCUUCUUCGAAAGCCUCCGAGACAAAUCCUUCAUCACCAACAGAAUGUACAAUGAAUCUCUGGAAGCCUGUAGUAAUUUGGUCCCUGUAUCCAGAGUGGUUCACAAUAUUCUCACCAAACUGGAGAAGACUUUCAGCGUGUCUCUGCUGAUGACACUGUUCAGCCAGAUAAACCUGCACGAAUACCCCAAUCUAGAGAUGAUUUUACAAAGCUUCAAAGAUGUUGGCGCUAUCUAUGGGAAAUCCAGCAGAGCCACACCAAUCCUGCUUGAAGUCCCAACUGGCUCAGCACAAGGAUGCUCCCUCCAGAUGCUGCCACCACCUCCACCCAGCCAUCCACCCCAUUUGCCCAGAGGCAGGGAGCCUAAAGCAUCCUUGCAGCAAAGGGAAGCACCCAGCUCUUCUGACCCUGCUAUGCCUCUCCCUGGACUAAUCCAGGAAGGAAGCCAUGCUGUAGUGACUGAAGUCAACUUAACAUCCAAAAUGAAUGAGGAAGAAGACCCACAAGAGACUCCCAGCCCUGCCCCUACCACUGUGCACGUGUCCAGGGACAAACUGACCCCAAAAACAAAACAUGAAGGAGACCCUCAGGAGACGCCCCACACUCCCUCCAGCCCUGUGCCAGGAGAUGAAUCUCUGGAACCAAAUGACCUAGAAGAGACCCAAAAGGUACCCACCACACCUUCCAGCAAAAAAGGAAAGAAAAGAAAAAGAAAUACCCAGUCAAGUCAAAGAAAGAGACUUAAAAAAAGAUCCUCAAGAGGGAAGACUUCACCUGGACAUGGCAUCAAAGAAAAGCUCCAAGUGGUGGAUGAGGAGACUCAAAGGAAAGAUGACUCAGCCUGCAACUCAAAGAUCAUGACAAGGGCCCAAAAGGCCAGAGCUGAAUGCGCCCCAAAGUCCAGAUCAAAGGAAAAACCCCAAGAUGACACUAUGGACUUUCCGCAUCCUAUACCUGUGACCUGUGGCAAAGCGAAAGGGAUUUUAUAUUUAGAGAAAAUUAAACUCGGAACCUCAGGGAAAUUCAUUCAGAAUGAGGAGGGAGUUUGGCUUACACCAACGGAAUUUGUACUUGAAGGAAAAGAGAGAAGCACAAACGACUGGAAAAAGCAUGUGUAUUUCAGAGGAGAGUCCUUGAGAAAACUGCAGCAGGAAGGACGUUUGUUCUGUCUGAAAUAAAUCACAAGGGAGUGGUAAACAGGUGAAUUUCUACCACAUUCGCAGCCACUAUGCUGUAGUCACCCCAUGUCUGAAGCGCACCUCAGAGUCCCCAGCUUCACCUCUGGGAAUGGCAUUGUCAUAACAACCCCUUUAGUAUACUGUUACAUGUAGAAGCCACUGUAAUUUUCAUAGUUUAUUUGGAGUGGGAAAGCAAAUGGCUCUUUAAAAUAAAAGUUAGGACAAAAGCUGAUGAUAUCGA